UCGAGGGGCAGUGUAACAGGGUUCCUAUCUUUUGCUUUGCACCUUCCAAUUGGAAACUCGUUAUUCUUAUAUAAUGCACAAGAACAGAGAAAAAAAAACAACUUUUUAAGUAAAAACGCACUUUCUAUGAAUUAUUCAUCUUUCGAUCCUUUUCAAUUUCUAUAAAUAUACAGUAUAUAAUAAUAAACCCACAUCAACCCAAAAAAAAAAAACUCUGUAGGACCCUUGUUGAAGCUUCCACUCUCAUCUCGUCUAAUUAACACAUUUAUGCAGAGUGGCCCUUCGAUUGCUGCAUUUCUUUUCUGUUCAUGGAUUCCACUGUUGACCUCAUCAAUUCUUGUUCUUGAUUGUGGUGUGAUAAAGAGUUUCAAAGUUGGUGAAAACAGUGUUUUAAUGUUUCAAAACAUUCUUAAUUGAAUCAUGCAAUUAUAUCAUCAUCCAUGCUCAUUGAACAGCCAAAAGGUGAGGCUUGCUUUGGAAGAGAAAGGCGUUGAUUACACCUCAUUUCAUGUCAAUCCUAUUCUUGGCAAGAACAUGGACUCUUCCUUCUUCAGGAUGAAUACAAGUGCCAAACUCCCAGUAUUCAAGAACGGUUCUCAUAUCAUUUUCGACACAAUUGAAACUAUCUUGUACAUUGAAAGAAUUGCUGUGGUCUCAGUUGGUAACGAUUCCUUUAGCAACCAAGAAGUAAUUGAAUGGAUGCAAAAGAUACAACAAUGGAACCCCAAGUACUUCACCCUAUUGCACAUUCCUGACAAGCACCGCCUCUACGUUUCUAAAUUCAUAAGGAAAGUGGUGAUCGCUCGGAUGGCCGAAUCACCAGACCUUGCUAGUGCUUACCACAGCAAGCUCAGAGAAGCAUACGAGACCGAGGAGAAGCUGAAGAAUGCUGAUCUUGUUAAAAGGAGCACAGAAAGCUUGGUCCAAUUGCUUGAUGAAGUUGAAACAAAGCUGAAUGACACAACAUAUAUUGUGGGGGAUGAGUUCACGAUGGCGGAUGCGACAUUUGUACCCGUGCUGGCUCGAUUGGUGCUUCUGGGUUUGGAAGAUGAGUAUAUAAGUUGCAGGCCAAAUAUAGCAGACUACUGGGGUUUGGUGCAACAAAGGCCUGCCUAUAAAAAAGUUAUAGGAAAAUAUUUUAAUGGCUGGAGGAAGAAGAAAACAUUAAUAAAAACUUGGUGCUCACUUCAUAUCAGAAAUUUGCUGAAGAGAUAUUAAGGAUUUGUGGGUUACAGGUGUACUGUAAAUUGAUAAUACAUAAAAUGAGUUGGAAAAGCAAAUUACAACUGUAUGUAACUUUUGCUUCUUGUUAUGCUUUUCACCAGGGUCUUUUCUUUUUCUUUUUUUUUUUUUCAAUUGGUAAAUUUGGUAAAAUAAGAGAUGUUGAUAUAAAUGUGGAGUUGAAGGAUUUAAUGUAUUAUGAUUGAUUCCAAGGUUGA